AUGUCGACAGCUGAUAUUCUUCUCCCUGUGCGGGAAUUCCUGUCCGCUCCAUUCACAGCCGCAUUCUGUGCCGGCGGUGUUGCAGGCGCCGUGUCCCGGACGGUCGUCUCCCCCUUAGAGCGGCUCAAGAUCCUUUACCAGAUACAAAGCGUAGGCCGCAACGAGUAUAAGAUGUCCAUCGUCAAAGCACUUAAGAAGAUGUACACAGAUGAGGGCUGGAGGGGCUUCAUGAGAGGCAACGGCACAAACUGCGUACGGAUAAUACCAUAUUCAGCAGUGCAGUUCGGCGCAUACAAUGUCUACAAACGGUUUGCCGAACCAUCGCCUGGUGCCGAUCUGGACCCUCUGCGCCGGCUGAUCUGUGGUGGCUUAGCUGGAAUCACCUCCGUCACAUUCACAUAUCCCCUGGACAUCGUCCGAACACGCUUGUCCAUUCAGUCCGCUUCAUUCGCUGCGCUUGGGAAACACGAAGGAAGAUUACCAGGCAUGUGGCAGACCAUGGUGACCAUGUAUAAGAACGAGGGUGGUGUCCCUGGCCUUUACAGAGGCAUCAUUCCCACCGUGGCUGGCGUGGCUCCCUACGUGGGCCUGAACUUCAUGGUCUAUGAGUCCGUCAGGCAAUACUUUACCGAGCCGGGCGAAAAGAACCCUGUUUGGUAUAGAAAACUUGCGGCUGGCGCCAUCUCCGGAGCUGUUGCUCAGACAUGCACAUAUCCUUUUGAUGUGCUACGGCGCCGGUUCCAGAUCAAUUCGAUGAGCGGCAUGGGCUACCAAUACAAGUCGAUAUGGGGGGCAAUCACUACCAUUGUUGCUCAAGAGGGAUUCUGCGGUCUCUACAAAGGGAUCGUGCCCAACUUGCUCAAAGUGGCUCCGAGUAUGGCUAGCAGUUGGCUCAGCUUCGAGAUGACUCGGGAUUUCUUAGUUGGCCUGAAACCGGAUUCGGAAGCGGCAGAACCGUUAUGA